GUAUUAUGUAGAGUGGUCAUCGCUAACCUGCUACUCUCUACCGCCCUCAGGUCGAGACGUCUUCCUCAGCCCUGAUGUCGUCGUCUCUCAGGUCCAGUCCUGUCAUGCCCACCCACGGCACACCUACCUACUCUACGCCCUCCCAUGACACGCCCACCCACGGAAAACCUACCCACGCCCGCGGCACUAUGACUCUCCCUUCUCCUACGAGGAGAGCCUUCCAGCCAACAGCGCCCCUGGCCAUGUCUUCACCCAUCCAUCGUUGUCCCCAGGUGGUGGGGUCCUCCCCCAGCCGAUCCCCCCACGCCUCUGCUACCAUCUCCCCGAACCACGCCCUCCCCCAGGGCCCUCUCAUUACCGCGUCAGACUGCAUCCCCACGAGGGAGCACACUCCCACCUGCCCGUCCCAGCAGGGCACCAACAAGCUCCCCAACAACGCUUCCUGCUCAACCCAACAGGGUAUGACCAAGCUCCCUCACAGCGCCCCUUGCCCACCCCAGCAGAGUAUCAAACUUCCCAGUAGCGCCCCCUGCUCGUCUCCCUCACAUGUCAAGGAGAACCCCAGCUUGGUCAAACAAUCUCCCAACAUUCUCCCAUCGACAGUGAAUAAGCCUAGCGGCUUCUCUGGGCUGCUGCAGGAGAUGGGUAUGAUGCCUUUGAAGGAAGAAGACACGACAGACGACUCAAUGGGAGAAGAGGAGGAGGAGGAAGAGGAGGACGAUGACAACAUGAACAAAGAGGAACGGAAGAAAAAAGCUGAAGAGGACAGCAGACGGCGUAAGGCAGGUCGUGGCGGGAUGCGAGGCAGGACGCGGAGCCCUCAACACAUCGCUCGCGUACGACGCAACCGACGCAUGAAGGCCAAUGACCGUGAGCGACACCGCAUGCACAUGCUAAACAACGCGCUGGAUCGCCUGCGCACAGUCCUCCCCACCGCCCCAGACGACACCAAACUCACAAAAAUCGAGACUCUCCGCUUCGCUCACAACUACAUCUGGGCGCUAAGUGAAACGCUCAAGGGGUUAGACUCUCACACGCCCACCCACCCACAACACCUGAACCUUAGUGGUGUGAGUGGGGCCCCAGUCACUCCGCAACUCUCCGGCGAUGUCAGUAUGUACCAGGGAGGCGGCCUGGCGCCUUCCACCACGUACUGUGGACAGACUAGUGAGGCAGACAUCUGGGGGACGGCGAGUGUUAGUGUGAGCGGCGCCUUCACCCCAGUUCCUGCUCACCAGCAGUACGUGCAUUACCCCAGCCUUCCCUAUCAGUGCCUCUGAACCUCUUCAGUGCCUCAAACCCUCUUGCUGUGCCUCUCUAUUAGUGCCUCAUUACCUCCAUCCCACCUAGUGCCUGAAGAGUUUUUCAUCUAGCAUUAUAUAUCAUAGUGGAAUGUUCACUGUCUGUGUUAUAACUUGCACACUAUAUAUGCAAAUAUACACACUAUAUCUUCACUGUAAUACGUCGUAGCGCUGAAUAACCUUACGAAUUUAGCGCUUUUCUUGAAUUUAAUAAUUAAUGUUCGAUGUCUUUCACACACGAAGUAUAUAUCGCCUCACUAGAAGACUAAACGAAUUUAUUAACCCAGGAUAGUACAAGAAAGCCAUCGAGGUUCUGUCUUACUCAUUUUGCAACCCACACAUGUGACUUGUAAAUGGUCCAAGUCGGACCCAAACGCCUCAUGAGCUUCUCUCUCUUGUGUGCCGGUUAUUUGUGUAUUUCAACCUACAGUAGUCGACUAACCCCUAGUUACAUAUCUACUGCUAGGUAAAUAGGGGCAGCAGGUUUAAUUAAUAAGACUUGCCCAUUCAUCUCGCCUUACCAAGGAUUUGAUCUUGGGUCAUAUGGUUGUGAGCAGAACACUCAGUUCAUGAGAUACAAGACGCCGAAACAAUUUUUACAGAUAUUUGGAUUUUGUAACUAAGAUUCCUGAUAAACCUGCAUUUGUGGUGAGAGCGGACCAAAUUGUAACUUUCCCAAUGGUGUAUAGAAAUAUACCUGGUUGGAUUAUUAUUAUUAGAACCAGCUGGCCUAGUAGCUAACGCACUGCUUUGGUAGUGUCUCGUGAUUCAAGAGAAUUGGAUAGACACCCUCCCAAUUUUCGAGGCGCUGUAAAACAAUUAUGGGUUGAGGCUAUUACUGUAUCCAGGGUAAUCUUAACCCGUACCAGCAUUUCUCGAGUAAUAUCCUUCCCUUAACAUCUAAUCCGUUCUAAACCAAACGUCUAGAUCUUACAAUUUUAAGGAAAUUUCUCGAUAUGCUAUGGUCAGGUUUGAUUACCAAUCAAACCAUAUCAUAACGCCAAUAUAUAGUGUGUCUUGUGGACACAUGAAUAAUACAUUAUAAUUAUUAUUUAUUAUUCCUGGAGUAAAUAACAUAUCAACAAAGGUGUGAGCGCUGGCUAAAGUUUGCUCAGUGACUUUUCAUAAUUUAUUUUAUUUUUCAUGUCGUUUAGGAUAGUUUAUUCCUAGCGAUAGAGACCAGCACGAAUAGAAAACGAAGAUCCAUAAAGCGGACCGUUCAAUCAUACUUCUAUUCCAGUGUCACAGGCACACAUUUGAUGUUCUUAACCGACAUGAUAAACUUAGCUCGAUUUAGGAGGAUGCGCUACAACACAACCACCUCCCCUCUGUCAUCUCUCACUUCUGUCGUGUAGCUGAAUUAUCCUAAAGGAUUUUGUGCUUUCCAUGACUCAAAUGUACCUGUAUUAAUGCCAUUCCCACAAAAUAUUAAGAUUAAGGAAUUGGUUCAACGAGAAUCUUAGGAUUCAUUAUUUAUAAGGAAGGAGUAUUAGCACUGCCUUCGCCUUUCACAUGCUAGUCAACGCAGUGCCUGUUUUAGUCCCUGGGAGAAUAUGGACCCUGUAGCUUCGCCCAGGCUAAGCUCAUUUAAUUAUCGUUUUUUAGCUAUGUUCGUAUGAUGUAAAGGAGUUUCUACAUCAUUCCCUGUGUUCCAGGUAUCCUGUGUGUUUAGGGUAUUAAUUUCCAGAUGCAAUUCUGGUUUCUUGUUUUGCUCAAUUUGUAAUUCAUGUUCCUCAGUUCGUCAGUGGAGACACGUACUAAUGAUGAAUUACUACUGACCUUCAGCAGGUGCGGGACUCUUGAUCAAGGAAUUUAAUCAGGACUGAUUACUUGCUAUUCCCCAGGUACUGUAUGACCCCGACGGGUUUAGUACUUUCCGUUAUAUGUAUACAAAACACGUAACUCGAGUACAACAGGCUGGUCGACCGUUCUACUCUCAUGUCAUAAUCGCAGUACACUAUUGCAAUUGUAUAUUUUUACUUUGGUUUACAAUGCACGUCUGUUCCCUUGAUUGUGUUUGCAUCAUGUGUUUUUUUUUUAAUUAUCAGUCAAAGAACUGUUUACACACCUGCAGCUAAUUUACUUAAUUAGUACUUAUUAUAUAUUGUAAUUUAUUGAAGUGUAUGACCCGUGUGUCGCAGAUGCUGGAGCUGUUUACGUAGUUACUGACAAGAAUUAGACAACGUGUGCCACAUCACAUAAUUUGGACCACCUGGAGAUUAACUUCCCCUCCCUUUUCCCGAGAAAACAGUUCAGUAUAGUUAUGCAAAUUUUGUCAAUUCUGUUUUUCACUAAAAGUAACGUAAUUGUUCUUCAAGAGGACCAAGUUGCACCUUGAAGCUGGUGGAGGGUUCUUGAGCCAAGGAAUUGGAGCUAUCUAUUACCUUUUGAAAUCAGAUUGCCUCCCAUUUCUAAAAUAUUAUAAGUUUACCCUAUAGUUGUUAAAAUUUUAAAGUACAAAAAAUAUGUAGCCUAUCUAAAAAUUUGUAUGUUUGUUUUACAGUUACACAAGACUGGAAAUUGUGGAUUGAGCACGAUAUUCAGGUGGUCCUGUAAUCUUAAUGUAUCGGUCCAUUGGUCCACCGACCUGGACCAAAACCCAUUGAGAGUCACAAAAUACAUGGCAUGUCGCCCGCCUUACAGCGACUGCCUGUACACAUGUACAUAAAAACCAUGGUUGAGAUAUAUUCGCGAGUGUUUAGUUACAAAUGUUCGUGUUCGGUGACUACAUAAAAAUGAGAAUGUAUGCAGCAGCGAGUAUACAUGAAGGUGAGAAUGUGCUAUGAUGGUCGAGUGUAUACAGUAUUUUUUAUCAAGUCUGGUUGUGACAUAGACAACCUGAGUAUGAAUUCCAAUAGCAAGAAACUGGAGUGCUCACACUCCUUAAAUGCACAGUAUAUCACUAAAACAAAACAAAAACUUAUCUGGAAAGGUAAUUAAGGAGAAGCUGAAUAUUUCGGCUUGCAUCUGUAGCUCUCUUCUACAGAUUAUUAUUAUAAUCAAAAAGAAGCGCUAAGCCACAAGGACUAUACAGCUCUCUUCUACAGAGCGCAACAAAUUAGGACCGAAAUAUUCAGUCUGACUUCGUAAUUAGUUUUCCAGCUAAUUAGUGAAUUUGUAUUACAUUGACCAGUACACUAUUGCACUGUUCUGUGCAACGAGUUCAACAUUUACACUUCGUACAAUUAAUCGCUGAAUGACCCAUAUGGAAUCAGCUCUUCUGCGUGAAUAUAAUUAUAAAUACGUGUAAGAAGCAGGUGUUGUUCCUGGGUUCACUAGU